CGUCGACCACAGUCCUCGAUGCGUGCUUUCUGCGGAGCGUUUAUAGUAAGUCGACCAGGGUCAGUGCUAUGGCUCAUGCAGCUGUUGAACCUCCAAAGUAUAUUGAUGGAUUUCGGAUAAAACAGUUCCUUAAAUAUGAAGAUCUUAUACCCGUUAUUGAAGAGGCUUUAUUGAAUUUUUCUGCCCGUGAGAGCGGUGGGAUUGUCCAGCCCGUGCGCUCUUCGGUGGCUGUAGAAGACCGUGGGUAUGCAUGCAAUAAUUUAUUUGUACUUACUUCAGAAGUUAUUGUUGGUUACGUUUCUGUUUAUAUAAAUGCAUCGACAAUCUUCCAAAAAUCUUUUGUCAAAAAUUUAACACAAAGGAUUCCCGGGGGGACUCGGCAUAGGAAAGGGGUGGGGAUGCUCGUCGUCUCGCUUAGGGGUGUAAAUUUCGGAUUUUGGUCUCACCUAGGGUGUUCUGGGCAAAACGCCACCAAAUUUAGCCGUGAAGGUCUCGUUUAGAGUUGAACGCGAAAAAACAUGAAAAUAUAUAUUUGAUAUGCAUAUUUUUUUGGUCUUUUUUAGGGGUCAAAAAAAGCUUGAGCCACGCCCAAAUCGGUCUCUUAUAGGGAUUUAAUUCAAACUUUCCAAUGAGUAUCCCCACCCCUUUAAAAUGCGGAGUCCCCCCCGGAAAGGAUUUAAAUAAUAAAUGAUCAGCCAUCAGUUGCACACUUAUUAUCUCCACCCCCAGUAAAAAUUUUAUAGGACAGUCCAUUUUUAAGCUGCCUCCGCCCCCACUGAGGGAAGGCAUUUUUCAGUGGGGACUGAAUCGAAUCUGUUGGAAUCUCGAAUUUGGGCUGGAUUUUUCCUUGCAUUGGAGCUGUAGCCUGACAUGCAAAAAUUCCCCCUCCAGUGCCCCUUCACUGAUUUUUUUGGAGGGGAAGGGACGGCUAUACACAGGCUAGGGAGCUGUUGAUAGUCCCUAAUUCCUUUAUCAAUGAUGUGUUAAUUAAGUCAAGUUAUAUUAGUUAAACUGGGCUUCAACUGACCAAAUCCGUAGUUCUAAUGAGAACUAAACUUACUGGGGAACCUCUUAAAAGAACAACAAGUUUCGUUUACUUAACACACAUUUAGCACACUGAGACAAUAGUCUGCAUAAUUUGUAGCAUUGAUUUGUUACUCAUGACCUAGAUAGGCUAGAACUUGAUUUAGAUUACAGACUGUCUGUGAUGCAGGCUAUGAGCGACAUUACUGGUCAGAAAUAUUAUUAUCAUAUCUUUUCCACUUCAGCUUUUUUCUAGUUAUGCCUGCUUAUUCAGCUAAAGACAAUGCUCUUGCUGUGAAACUGGUAACAGUUUUUCCAGAGAAUAGUGAGCAAGGCCAGCUACCAGCAAUUAUGGCAAAUGUCAUGGUGUUUGACUCAAAAAAUGGUUUGCUUAAAGCAGUGAGUUUUUUCUUUCUUUUUUUAUUAACCGAAUUUUGUUCAAUGACGUAGCAAGACCCUUGCUAUUUUUUUCUUCAACUUUAGUGGCCAUUCCAUGAGAUGAUUUUAACCUAUCGUUUUAAUAUGUUAUGUAUUUAUUGGCAAGAUCAUGGAUGGAGUUGUGAUCACAGAUAUGAGGACCGCCGCAGCAUCUGCUGUCGCUACCAAGGUAUAGAUAGACAGACGCAUGUACCUCAGGUAUCUGAUUGAACAUCAGCUUUGUAACAAAUGUGUUUUAAACUCUCCCUGCUCAUGGGAGUCUCCUGUCUUUUGUGCAUCAAAAGCUUACAAAAUCUCUAGGUUUAAGUUGACUCUUUUAAUGCUUUGCUUUUUCAAAGUUUUCCAAAAUCUCACUGAAUGCAAUUAUUAUUAUUAUUAUUAUUAUUAUUAUUAUUAUUAUUAUUAUUAUUAAUGAUAAUAAACUUAUCCACAUUAUUAGAAUCAGAGGGGCGGAUCCAGGAUUUUUUUUAGGAGGGGGUGCACUCGUCUCUUGCUCUACUUCAACACCAAUAAACAACAUAGUUUUUUUGCAGAAUACCAGUUGUAUUAGAAAACCGAUGGUCAUCUCAGGAGGGGGGGUGCACACCCCCUGCACCCUCCCCUAGAUCCCCCCCUGAAUCAGUGCAUUGACAUUUAUGGUAUCCACUGGGACUUUUGACUUAAUUUUUUUAUAACUCUAUGUGAUUUCUUGGAACUUUGAAUUGGGAAGGGGUUUUGCUGGAGUUUUGUUUUGAUAUUGACGUUUUCUUUUUAUUAAUAUUUUACUGAUGUUUUGUGGGCAGCUUUUUUUAAGAUUUUAAUAAAGUAUAUUGAUUAUUAUUAUUAUUAUUAUUAUUAUUAUUAUUAUUAUUAUUACUAUUGUUGUUGUUGUUGUUGUGUUGUUGUUGUUGUUAUAGUACAGUUUUUCAGGGGCAGUAUUUUCAUAUGUCACCAGUCAGCCCUUUAAAAUAAUUUGGGGCUGUCGAGAACUUGAAAUCAUGUGGAAUCGUCAUAGAUAGUGUGACUAAUAUUGGUUGGUAGGGUGGGCUUACAAAGGGGUAGGAAAACUGUUAUUUAACUCAUUAAUGAUAGUCAAUUCAAUAAAUGCUAGUAUGAUAUGCUCCACAUUUAUGUUUCAUUUUUUUUCUAAAUUAUAGUACCUUGCUGCAAAGGAUGCUAAAGUGUUGUGUAUUUUAGGGUCUGGGGCCCAGGCCAGAAGUCAUGCCCAGGCGCUUAAGCUUGUCAGACCCUUCUCUGAGGUACAUGCUAAGUUGACACUCUCUCUGAAUAGUGAGGCUGGACACGUUUUAGGUUGAAAACAUAGAGGAUUAUUAUAUCGCUGCAUGGGGAUUUGAAAUUUCUCUUUGAGUUUUGAAAAAUAUUACACUUGUUCACUGCCCUCACCCAUGAACUAUUAUUGAAUACAAGGAGAGAAAUUUUGUAUGUCCAAGUGGCCAUGUAAUGUUCUAUUUAUAUUAUCUAAAGACCAACGAAAAUAUCAAAUCAUUUCAGUAAUUAAUUGAUAUUUUCUUCUACCAGCAUGUCAAUCAUUGUUGUAAAAAGUGAAAAAAAAAAUUAUACUAUUUUAGUUAAAUAUGGCUAUUCCAGACAAAAUCUUACUUUGCCCAUAGAUAUAAAAAUUAUCAAAGUUUUAGCAAAGCCAAGUAAAAUAGGCCAUAUAUGCUUUGGCCGGUAGAAAAUCAGUCCUCUAUAGUCUCUUUGUAUAAAACCAUGACUGAAUUAGGCUUUUAAGAUUGCCAUUGACUUUAUAUUCUUUCAAGGUUAGAGUAUGGAGUAGAACAUUUGCCAAUGCACAAAAGUUUGCAAAUGAAAUUGGUGCAAAAGCUUGUUCAACAGUGGAGGAGGCAGCGUCAGGUGCUGAUGUCAUUGUGACUGCUACCAUGGCAACCACUCCCAUUCUUUGUGGAAAAUGGGUCAAACCUGGAGCUUUGAUCGACGGUGAGCCUAAUUUGAGAUUGAUCACCAUCUUAAUACUAUGUUUUUCUUGCUCGGCUGAGCUUGCAAAAGAGGCAAGAAAUGAUCGAAGUUCUCUCGCACCGAAUGGAAACUGGGAACGAGUUACAUUUUAAGGUGUCAAUUUUUGUGUUCAAGUGAUCGAGUUUUUGUUCCUUGUCGUACAGUGCAACAGUUUUUCCCACCUUCUUGCCCUUUGAUAGUUAAAAAAAAACGUAUGUGUUAGUUUGACAUUAAUGUAUCAGGUAGGUUCAGAAAGGUUUUCUUUUUCUUUUUUUUUUUUCCUUCGUCUGUUAAAAAUAUAAUUAGCAUUAUUUUUGUGAUAGUUGUGAUUAAAGAGCUUUUGCAAGGUCACGUGGCUGACCAAAGGCAUUCAGUGUGUGAGAACAAAAUAAUAUAGAUCACUUGAGAAGGUUUUGAGGGAUUGAUCUCUCUUUAAAUGCUCUUGCAUCGUAUUCGCUAAGGAAUUUAAGACAUGAAAGGUAGCUUAACUGGGCGUAGUUAUUUCAUGCUACAGAAAANUUUUUUUUUUUCCUUCGUCUGUUAAAAAUAUAAUUAGCAUUAUUUUUGUGAUAGUUGUGAUUAAAGAGCUUUUGCAAGGUCACGUGGCUGACCAAAGGCAUUCAGUGUGUGAGAACAAAAUAAUAUAGAUCACUUGAGAAGGUUUUGAGGGAUUGAUCUCUCUUUAAAUGCUCUUGCAUCGUAUUCGCUAAGGAAUUUAAGACAUGAAAGGUAGCUUAACUGGGCGUAGUUAUUUCAUGCUACAGAAAAAACGUCUUGUCAUGCAUCUUAAAGGCCUGUUUCCAUGGGUGAUUUUUUGCGCAACUUUAACUCCAGUUUUUAUACCAUCUUGAGUGUUAUUUCUUAAACUAUCGGCAAUCGUUUUUCUUCAUCUUGGCGAUUUGUCCUUGCGAGAUCACCUUUUAGUGUUACCAACCUGCUCAAAUUGUGAUGAGUAGCCAAAAAAUCCCACCUUGGAUCUUGUGGCAGAUAAGUGUUUCAGUCCAUCAGACCUGCUUUAGUGUAACCCUAGCCCGCCUCGCAGACGGAAUCCAACUCCGGUAAGUAACGUCUGCCAAGCAGCGCAGAUAUCAUUGUUCUGGGCCCCCAACGGACUCAACGAAUUACCGGAAAUGCGUUUCGAAUUUCCCUUCAAGCUGAUUGGCAAAUUGACGAUAGCUUUUUUAACAGGCCAAUCAUGGCACGUACUCAAAUCCUGGUACAUAGGUUGGGGGACCAGAUCAAGGAUUUCGGCGCUGUUUCGCAGACGGGUUUAACAGAAGUUAACUUCCGUCUGUGGCGUAGGCUAUGUAACCCUUGCAUCGUAGAGAUUGCAAAAAUAGCUAUGUAAUUGCCAGAAAAUCGCCAGAAAUCCUCUCUCCUGCUCAGCCCACGUGAAAAAGGGGGAGAGAAUAAUUGCCUCGAUCGCCGUUAAAGUAAUACCUUUUUGUUUAACCGAUUAUGAACGGGCUUGCUAGGAUUCAACAAGUAAGACUCCGUUAAUACGGAGAAAACUUGUCUCGAGUAAAAGGGUCACUCGGCGCCGCAGUUGUCCCUUUCGUAAACAGUCGCUGCCAUUUUUAAGACACAAAUUUUGCCGAACCUGUUAUUGAGAGUGUUUCUAUUAAGAGAAAGAAAAUACAAUCCACCCUGGGGUUGAACCUGGACCUUUCGUAUCCUAAUCUUUCUCCCAUACUACUACGCCGACCCACCAAAAUUCCGAAGAAUUUAAGUACAUACACAAGCAAACUGUCUUUAUCGCAUCAAUAACAAGUGACCCUAGUCCUUUUCAUAACUUUUAACGGAAAUUCAACCUGGGCUUCACGUCGCCUGUCUUCAUAAGACUAUUCAAAACGUAUUAUUUGCCUCAUUGUAAUUUGAUCCUAGGAAUAUACUACAUCUAUCGUCACUAAAUGCUUGGUUACCAAUCGUGGUAUCGACCGUUUACGAAAGGGAAAUAAGCAUCGUCGCCUACCCGAGCUUCUCUGGGUAAGGCAACUUUUGCUUGGCGAACCGUUUACAGGUGAAACAAAAUGUUGGCUCGGCUAGAAAGGUGAACCCCUAGUCGGGCAAAGUUUUCUCCAUGAUUAUAAACACUUUGGCUCAUGUAACCGGGUCUACUGGGUCAAGGAGAGACAAUCAGUCAGUUAAUCAGUCAGGACGGGAGAGGAAAGAAGACGGCAUACCAUCACAGGAAAAAAUAACGGAUUCCCAUUUUUGGAUAUUUUAGGGUAUUUAAAGAAUACCCACAAAAAUCCCAAAUUUGGAAGAGUGAGACAAGUCCCAAUCAGGGAACUUGGUUGGGAAUUCCCUGGUUGUUUUAACCUAUCGUUUUAAUAUGUUAUGUAUUUAUUGGCAAGAUCAUGGAUGGAGUUGUGAUCACAGAUAUGAGGACCGCCGCAGCAUCUGCUGUCGCUACCAAGGUAUAGAUAGACAGACGCAUGUACCUCGGGUAUCUGAUUGAACAUCAGCUUUGUAGCAAAUGUGUUUUAAACUCUCCCUGCUCAUGGGAGUCUCCUGUCUUUUGUGCAUGGCUUACAAAAUUUCUAGGUUUAAGUUGACUUUUUUAACGCUUUGCUUUUUCAAAGUUUUCCAAAAUCUCACUGAAUGUAUUUUAUUAUUAUUAUUAUUAUUAUUAUUAAUAAACUUAUCCAUAUUAUUAGAAUCAGUGUGUUGACAUUUAUGGUAUCCACUGGGACUUUUGACUUGAUUUUUUUAUAACUCUAUGUGAUUUCUUGGAAUUUUGAAUUGGGAAGGGGUUUUGCUGGAGUUUUGUUUUGAUAUUGAUGUUUUCUUUUCAUGAAUAUUUUACUGAUGUUUUGUGGGCAGCUUUUUUUAAGAUUUUAAUAAAGUAUAUUGAUUAUUAUUAUUAUUAUUGUUGUUGUUGUUGUUGUUGUUGUUGUUGUUGUUAUUAUAGUACAGUUUUUCAGGGGCAGCAUUUUCAUAUGUCACCAAUCAGCCCUUCAAAAUAAUUCGGGGCUGUCGAGAACUUGAAAUCAUGUGGAAUCGUCAUAGAUAGUGCACAUGACUAAUAUUGGUUGGUAGGGUGGGCUUACAAAGGGGUAGGGAAACUGUUAUUUAACUCAUUAAUGAUAGUCAAUUCAAUUAAUGCUAGUAUGAUAUGCUCCACAUUUAUGUUUCAUUUUUUUUCUAAAUUAUAGUACCUUGCUGCAAAGGAUGCUAAAGUGUUGUGUAUUUUAGGGUCUGGGGCCCAGGCCAGAAGUCAUGCUCAGGCCCUUAAGCUUGUCAGACCUUUCUCUGAGGUACGUGCUAAGUUGACACUCUCUCUGAAUAGUGAGGCUGGACAUAUUUUAGGUUGAAAACAUAGGGGAUUAUUAUAUGGCUGCAUGGGGAUUUGAAAUUUCUCUUUGAGUUUUGAAAAAUAUUUCACUUGUUCACUGCCCUCACCCAUGAACUAUCAAUGAAUACAAGUAGAGAAAUUUUGUAUGUCCAAGUGGCCAUGUAAUGUUCUAUUUAUAUUAUAUAUAGACCAAUGAAAAUAUCAAAUCAUUUCAGUAAUUAAUUGAUAUUUUCUUCUACCAGCAUGGCAAUUAUUGUUUUAAAAAGUAAAAAAAUAUUAUAAUAUUUUAGUUAAAUAUAGUUAUUCCAGACAAAUCUUACUUUGCCCAUACAUAUAAAAAUUAUCAGAAUUUUAGCAAAGCCAAGUAAAAUAAGUUAUAUAUGCUUUGGCCAUUAGAAAUCAGUCCUCUAGACUCCCUAUAUAAAGCCAUGACUGAAUUAGGCUUUUAAGAUUGCCAUUGACUUUAUAUAUCUUUGAAGGUUAGAGUAUGGAGUAGAACUUUUGCCAAUGCACAAAAGUUUGCUAAUGAAAUUGGUGCAAAGGCUUGUUCAACAGUGGAGGAUGCAGUGUCAGGUGCUGAUGUCAUUGUGACUGCUACCAUGGCAACCACUCCCAUUCUGUGUGGAAAAUGGGUCAAACCUGGAGCUUUGAUCGACGGUGAGCCUAUUUUGAGAUUUAUCACCAUCUUAAAAUUAUGUUUUUCUUGCUUGGCUGAGCUUGCAAAAGAGGCAAGAAAUGAUCGAAGUUCCUCUCACACCAAAUGGAACCGGGGAACGAGUUACAUUUUUGUUCUUAUUAGGUGAUCAAGUUUUUGUUUCUUGCUGUACAGCUAUGUGCAACAGCUUUUCUCGCCUUCUUGCCUUUUUGACAGUUCAAAAAAAAGUUUGUGUUAGUUUGACAGCAGUGUAUCAGGUAGGUUCAGGAAGGUUUCUUUUUUCUUUUUUUCUUCUUUUUUUUUCCUUCAUCUUUUGAAAAUAUUUUGUGAUGGAUGUGAUUAAAGUGCUGUUGCGUUGUUCUGUGGCCGACAAAUGCCAUUCAGUGUGUAGAGAACAAACUAAUAUAGACCACUUGAGAACUUUUGAGACAUUUAAAUGCCCUUACAUCGUAUUCGCUAAGGAGUUUUAGACAUGAAAGGUAGCUUAACUGAGCGUAGUUAUUUCAUGUUACAGAAAAAAACGUCUUGUCAUGCAUCUUAAAGGCCUGUUUCCAUGGGUGAUUUUUAGCGCAACUUGCGAGAUCACCGUUCGGUGUUUCGAACCUGCUCAAAUUGUGAUGAGUAGCCACAAAAUCCUACCUUGGAUCUUGUGGCAGAUAAAUGUUUCAGUCGAUCAGACCUGCUUUAGUGUAACCCUAGCCUGCGUCGCAGACGGAAUCUAACUCCGGUUAGUAACGUCUGCAAAGCAACGCAGAUAUCCUUGUUCUGGGUCCCCAACGGACUCAACGAAUUACCGGAAAUGCGUUUCGAAUUUCCCUUCAAACUGAUUGGCAAAUUGACAGUGGUUUUUUAACUGAGUACUCAAACCCUCGUACACAGAUGGGGGGACUAGAACAAGGAUUUUGGCGCUGUUUCGCAGAAGGGCUUAACAGAAGUUAAUUUCCGUCUGUGGUUCAGGCUGUGUAACCCUUGCAUCGUAGAGAUUGCAAAAAUAGCAAUGUAAUUACCAGGAAAUCGCAAUCAAUCCUCUCUGCUGCUCAGCCCACAGGAAAAAAGAGGAGAGAAUAAUUUCCUCGAUCGCCGUUAAAGUAAUACCUUUUUGUUUAACCGAUUGUGAACGGGCUUGCUAGGAUUCAACAAGUAAGGCCCCAUUAAUACGGAGAAAACUUGUCUCGGGUAAAAGGGUCACUCCGCGCUGCAGUUGUCCCUUUCGUAAACGGUCGCUGCCAUUUUUAAGACACUUAGAAAAAUUUUGCCCGGACCUGUUAUUGACAGUGUUUCUAGUAAGAGAAAGAAAAUACAAUCCACCCUGGGUUGUACCCGGACCUUUCGUAUCCUAAUCAGCCUAAUCUCUCUCCCAUACUACCACGCCGACCCACCAGAAUUCCGAAGAAUUUAAGUACAUACACAAGCAAACUGUCUUUAUUGCAUCAAUAACAAGUGACCCUAGCCCUUUUCAUAACUUUUAACGGAAAUUUAACUUGGGCUUCACGUCGCUCGUUAUAAGACUAUUCAAAACGUAUUAUUUGCCUCAUUGUAAUUUAAUCCUGCGAAUAUACUACACCUAUCGUCACUAAAUGCUUGGUUACCAAUUGUGGCAUCGACCGUUUACGAAAGGGAAAUAGGCAUCGGCGCCUACCCGAGCUACUCUGGCCAAGGCUACUUUUGCUUGGCGAACCGUUUACACCUGAAACAAAAUGUUGGCUCGGCUAGAAAGGUGAACCCGUAGCUGGGCAAAGUUUUCUCCAUGAUUAUAAACACUUCGGCUCUUGUAACCGGGUCUACUCGGUCAAGGACAGACAGUCAGUCAAUCAGUCAGUCAUUGUUUAAGGUUAUUAGGGCCAUUUAUACGAGGAAAAAUAAGACGCGUCUUACAUAAGACGCGAACUUUCUGUAUAAACGGCACAUUUCGUCUAAAAUAAGACGCGGCUUAGCUAAGACGCGUCUUAUAAGAUAAGACAUGCUCGUAUAAAUGGUAUAGUUCGCGUCUUAUUUAAGACGCGUCUUAUGUAAGACGCGUCUUAUUUUUCCUCGUAUAAAUCGCCCUAUUGUGAGCUUAUGUAACAGGACGGGAGAGGAAAGAAGACGGUAAACCUUGUGUGACAAGCGUGACAGUACUGAAUUUUAUUUGAAAAAAAAAACUUUCUGCCAAACCUCACCCUCCUUUAAACAGAUCUUUUUGUCAAAGACCAAAAAACAUAAAUUUAAGUGAAGAUCACGAAAGAACACAUACUUAGUACUAAGUAGCCCUGUCACGUUUGUCAGACACAAACGUUUUGCCGUCCUGUAGCGUUAAACACACUAGGGAGCUUUAGCAUCGACGACGGCAACGACAGCGAAAACGUCAGUGUUAAAAUGAAUUCCCGUUUUUUCAAUCUUUGUCGCGUUUAUUCCAAUUUGCUGAAAAUGGCAAGUGUAGGCGAAUUUUCCUUGAGUUGAUUUCUUGAGGACCGCACUCAAGUUUAGAGAGAGAAAAAGAGAUUCCUUGUCGCUUGUUUACGUCUUCCAUAAAACAUGCAAUUAGGCAUUUUCACGUCCUAGUCGUGCAAGGACGGUAAAGAAAUGUAUAAAAAAGCGUGAUGCACGUGCAAAGUUGUUGUUUUGCGUAAUAAACUUAUUGCUUUUUUGACGUCCUCGUUGCCGUCUCCGUCGUCGUUGCUAAAGCUCCCUAGUAUUAACGGGGCUGGGAAGGUGACCCUUUUUCCCAGAACAACUUCUCUCCACUAAAAACCUACUUAUUAUAACACUAUAGAAAAUGAUAUUAAAGAAUCUAAUUCUCUCCACUUAUUCAAAACGAAAUUGAAAAAAAAAAAUUAUAUAUGAAUUAUUAGUUAUAAAUCUUGUAGUAAAUAGUUAUAUUUCUUCCAUGUCUGAUAUUAUUUUUAUACUUAUUGUUACUUGUACCAUACAUAAUUAGUUAAUUUAUACUUACCUUCAUUGUAUUUUGCUUUCGAUCCUGGCCUUACCGUUACUGUUAACAAAUAAAAAUGAGACUCCCUCGGGUUGCAGAUAUUCGGAGUACCAAAGAAAAACCCGAAGGAGCGGUGAAAGUAAACGAAAACACAUUGACAGAACAAAAUAGCAAUAAACAUAAAUGUGGUAAAUCAAAUAAAGUUACAAAGUUACAAAAACGUGGUCGCAGUGACUACAUGCAAGAUUGCACCAUUUCCUUACACUUUGAUGUUGCAGCUGUUGGUGCACCUCGUCCAACAUGGAGAGAGCUUGAUGAUGAGCUUAUGCAGAAUAGUUUUAUUGUAGCAGACAGCAUUGAAGCAGCGCUGAAAGAAGCUGGGGACGUGAUUCUCUCUAAGGUCAGUGGUAAAGAAGUCUGUAAUAAAAUACUGGAGGUGAACGCCGCUUAGAACUUCAUUACGAUUAUUGCAUCUCGUUCAAUUUGCCAAAUACAGGCGAAUUUUUCUCGAGUUGAGUUCUUAACAACCGUAUCCAAGUGCAGAAAGCGAAAAACAAAAUCGUCGUUUUGUGUUUACUUUCUCCAUAAAAAGUGAAAUUAAGCAUUUUUACGCCGUAGUCGUGCAGUGACGGCAACGAAAAGUAGCAACAAGUCUGUUGCACUAGCCCGGAGCAAACUCUCUGGGGGACGGCUAUGGGGGGGGAGGGGGGCAGAGAGCUUGGGCUCCCCCGCCCCCAGAGCCCCAGAGAGAGCUUGUUUGAAGGCUUGUGAUGCCCCACGUGUGCCCUCGUGUUUGAGUUCUGAUAGAGAGCCCAGAUAUGAAUGGACUCACAUCACAAUACUUGCAUAAAAAUGAUUCAGGCUUGGCUCGCAGCGUUUUGCCGCUCGUGCCAAACUAUCACCUCUUUGCUACCGACUCUCCAACAAGAACGCCUUCCAGUAGGCUAUGAUAGUAUACCCUGAAGACAGCUUUCGUAAUUUCCAAAAAUUGAAAUUUAAGAAAGAGUGCAAAUUAUUUUAAUUUCAUAAAACGCUGAAAAGUAGCCUGUGUAGCUUUUGUUUGUGAGCGCGCAAAUGAGCGGCAAAGCUUCUUGCUGGUUUCCGCUCUCGUCGCCAACAAAACCGCUAGCUAUUACACAGGCUACUGAAAGGCAAAUAAUAACACAGAAAGUACAAGGAGGGCUAACUCUAACAUUAAAGCUUUGGGCAGGUAUUUUGGGUUGCUUUUCUUCCAUUAAGCAAAUCUGUGGCAAUGAUGAUUAGUAUACAUGAUAAUCAUCAUUAUUGUUUAAGCUAUUUUUGAUCAUGUAAUGAUCAGAUGCCAGAAUUAUUAUAUAUAAUAAUCUUUCUUCUUUUCUCUGCAUUUUAAAGUCGUCAGUGUCAGGAGAAAUUGGUGAUGUGAUUUCAGGAAAGCUCUCUGUUCCUGAAGGAAAAACAAAGAUUUUUAAGUCGUUAGGUAAGUGACUGUGAAACUAAGUGGAACUGUAAUCCGCUAUGCUUACAUUGAGGGCCGAUAGUCUCAAUGUGUGCUUAUUCCUCAUCCUGUAGAUUCUUCAUUAAUUUAAAGUGAUCAGUCGUCAACCUUUGCUCUUGCAGGAAUGGCAGUUGAAGACGUUGUAACUUCUAAGUUAAUUCUCAGCAAACUUGAAGAAACUAAAGCACCCAAACCAGGACUUUAG